GUAGAAUCGAACCGAACUUUCUGUCUUAGUGAACCCACUGAAGCUCUCCAAUUGAUUGCAAGCUCGGUUUACCGAAACAGUCGUUCUGUGUGGAUUCGGCUAAGUUGCUUGCCUUAUGGACGCUACAUCAUCGUUCCUACCACAUUCUACCCGAAUUGCUACACCGACUUCCUGUUACGUGUGGUCGGGCCUCCACCCAUUGUGAUGUUUAAACUGGCGCGCUUACAACCACCGUGCCAUAGGGACACUCGCUUGUCCAGAUCCCGAUCCGUCCUUCAACUGGAGCGCGAAAAACCUCGCUUCGAUAGCGUACGUCACCGGCUACGCGAUUGGAUCCAUGCGGUCUGUCCAUUGCAUCCAACGACGAACUGUCUGCAUCUUAUGUCGUCUUUCAUUAGUCGACCUGUGCGCGUCACAGUUGUGCAAGCAACGAUUUGGCCUUCAUCCACUGCUUUUGUGGCUCUGCAUGAUGAUCGUGGUGGCCUCUCCUCAUUCCAUUACUACUACUACAUCCGCAUUUUAUUCCGCUCUUCGAAGACCCUUUCAGUACCGGUCUCCUUGUGCAGUGGCGUACACCGGAUGACUGUGCUCAGGGGACCAAGGCCAACUGGAUUAAUCCGGUUCGAAGAGGUGUUUCUCUUUCCACCUCAUUCGCUCAAGGAAGAAAUCACUAGUCUGGAAGCAGCGCUCUUCAUUUACAAUCCUGCAUUUGAUGAGCUCCAUAGCCACUGUACUGUUGCGGUCGAUACGCAUCUCAAAAGUGGCUCCAUGAAGCAUAUUCUCUUAUCGCCACAUCUUGGUCGCAGUGCGGUAUUCGCUUGGAAGCGUUCGAACCAUCAUCCGUCAUCCAUGCGGGUUUUCACCCGAAUCCUCGAACCGAAGAAUCCACUUCAUCGGGAUAAAAAUCACUCAUUUCGGGCUGCUUUUCGACUUAGUGAGGAUCUUCUGUCCAUUGAGGAUGCAACACAAAUGAGGUUGGGCACAGACUCGCCUUUUGGACUUUCGAAUGGAAAAAUCACUCCCAGUGAAUCGCAUAAUACUUCUACUGCGUACAAAAGCAGUUGUGGUGUUUUGACACUUUUCUUUGAGUAGUGAUAACCCGCGCUUAAACUAUCCCUACCCUUUCUCUGUGCGUCUUUGUUUUGUAGUGCUUGCAUAUGCAAGUAACCGGCUGAGCAGUAUAUAUCUUUUGAUGCGUGAA